AUGGAGGGAAGGAACCAGAUCUUGCGGUGCCCUCUGUGUGAAGUCAACGUCGUCGGCCCUUCCUGGGACGAACACCUCGGUGGGACGAAGCACCGAAAGCAAGCAGUCAAGAACGGCGUGCCUAUCGAUGUUGAACCUAUCACUGCUAUCUCCACGGAAACCUCAACAGUUUGCGAUGUGUGCAAGGCGCAGGUACCGAACCACUUGUGGAGUCGCCAUGUUCAGUCGCCCAGGCAUAAAAGCCGCGAGAAGUUCCUACAGUAUCGCGCUGCCCUGGAUGAAGCAGAGAAAGACAAAAACGGCCUAGUCGUGGACGCCGCAAAGGAUCUUGGCUAUGUCGACCCCGCUGCGGCCGGUGGAGGUCUGUCGUUCAAGAUCGACAUCAAGUCUACUCUGCCGUUUGGCAAAUCUGUCCUUCUCCAGGCCAACUUGGCUUCGAAACUAGGAUCUCGCCCUACAGUAUCCGGAUUCAGUGUGGCAUCAGCAACGUUCAACACAGCGAUCACGCCGAGGACGCCAUGCCAGGUCUAUAUCCGUUUCGUACAGCGUUUUAUCGGACGAUACGAUGACCGCCUAGAGCUGGUGUUUGAAGAUACUCAGCUGAAAAAGAAAUUCAUCGUCUCCAGGCCCUUGAAAAUCGUCAUUGGGAGCAAGGCCGAACAUCAAGCCCUUCAACCUGUCAAACCAUACACUCCGCGCCCCAGGACACGCCGGGAGCCUGCACAGAACGUUGUUGAAGGUGUCCCACCACCAUCAUCCCACUCGAUUCCAUAUAUCGUUCGCCUCCCUCGAGCGGUCAUCCCGACCAAUCUUCUGACUGUUCUCGAUGGCGGAGAGCCCUUGAGAAAGCAGAUUGAGCAUGUUCGGCGCAUUUUCUUCCCUCGAGAGUUCUGCAGUGCCACCUAUGCACGCCACUUCAAGAACCUGAUUUGGAUUGAAGAGCACAAGUCGGAAUCCGAUCUGGAGCGCUACGACAUGCGCGAUGCUACCCUUCAAAAACACAACCGUUACUAUUAUCUUGCCAUCCCUGGCCUCGCAGAAAAACGACCUAGCGUCCUUGUCGGUGACAAGAUCCUUGUGCAGAGGACCAAUGCUCCCCCUGGCCACUGGUUCGAGGGCCAUGUUCACGUUGUGAGGAAAGAAGAAGUGGCACUUGUCUUCCAUACCAGCUUCGCAGGUUGGAGCGCCACCCAGCGAUACAACAUUCGCUUCAAGCUCAACCGAAUCGUAGUCCGUCGCCAACACCAAGCCCUAGACUCCGCAUUCGAAGAAGAUCGUGUCUUGUUCCCUCGUUCCAACCACGUCAAGGCACUGCCUCCUAUGAGGAACCUCCAACACUAUAACCACCUUAUUUCCACCAAUGAACCGCAAGUGAGGGCUGUUGUGUCUAUCGCUCGUCUUCCGGCCGGUUCCCCACCCUUUAUCGUCUUUGGACCUCCUGGAACUGGGAAGACCAUCACCAUCGUCGAAGCUAUCCGCCAAGUCCUGAAGCUUAACCCUAACGCCAAAAUACUUGCGUGCGCACCAAGCAACUCCGCGGCCGACCUCAUCGCAGAGCGCCUCGCUGUCGGCUUGAACUCUGAUAUGCUGUUUAGGAUGUAUGCGCCCUCGCGAACGAAGGACCAGGUCCCGGACAAACUGUGCAAUUAUGUCUUUACCACGCCCGACAACCAUUUCUCGGUUCCUCCGAUAAAGACGAUGAUGUCCUUCCGCGUAAUCGUUUCGACCUGCGUUGCGGCUUCCAUGGCCUCGGGCAUUGGUAUCCCUAGAGGUCAUUUCAGCCACAUCUUCAUCGACGAAGCUGGGCAGGCAACCGAGCCGGAAGCCUUCAUUUCCAUCAAGACCAUGGCGGAUUCUCUGACGAAUAUUGUCCUCUCGGGAGAUCCCAAGCAGCUUGGUCCUAUCAUCAGGUCGCCCAUUGCGAGAACGCUUGGUCUCGAGACGAGCUACCUCGAACGUCUCAUGAAUCUGGAGACGUACGACGAGCAUGGCCUCGAAUAUGGAUCACCUGUCGUCAAGUUGAUCAAGAACUUCAGAUCACACGAAUCGAUUCUCAAGUUCCCGAACGAGAAAUUCUACUCUGGAGACCUCCAACCAUGCGCUAACCCGGCCACCAUCAACGCCUACCUCAAAUCGUCUUUCCUUCCCAAAAACCCGAAAUUCCCCGUGGUUUUCCACUCAGUGUCUGGUAAAGAUGAUCGGGAGGCUUCGUCUCCUUCGUUCUUUAAUGUCGACGAGGUGUUGACCGUGAAGGACUACGUGAGGAGGCUGAAGGAGAACAGGAGUGUUCGAAUUAGCGACAACGAGAUCGGGAUUAUUACGCCCUACCACGCCCAGUGUCUCAAGAUACGGGCGUCUUUGCGCAGUGUGGCGGAUGGGAUCAAAGUCGGCUCCGUCGAGGAAUUCCAAGGUCAAGAGCGAAAGGUCAUCAUUAUUUCGACUGUCAGAAGCAGCAAGGAGUUUGUUGACUACGAUGUGAGACACACACUCGGGUUUGUUGCAAGCCCGAGGAGGUUUAAUGUCGCGGUUACUCGGGCACAAGCGCUCCUUAUUGUCGUCGGUAACCCGCAAGUGCUGGGGCUGGACCCUCUCUGGAGGUCCUUCCUCAAUUACGUCUACCUCAACGACGGCUGGACUGGGUCCAUCGACAUUCCUUGGGAUCCAUCUGAUGAUUCUGACGAUGAUGACGACGGCGACGAUGGUCAUCCGACCCUUCGAGGCCAUGCAUCUACGAAGAAAGGCGGCUACAGCGCUGAGAGGGUGCGUAGGGAAGCCGAGAUGGACAUGAACGCGUUUACGAGGCGCAUGGAGGAGCUGGCGCUGGGAAAUGCCGAGGACGGUGGGCUGGAGGACGAUGCCAAUGUUGAUAGGCCUUGGAGGGACGUCGAGUGA